AUGGAUAAGUUUAAGGUUGUUAAGCCGUGUUGGUGGAACAUCAGAAUAACUUCCGAUUAUUGUUUUUUUUUUUAUUUGUUUUCCAAUUUGUUUGAUUCCUUGGUUUUGUGCGAGAAGGUACGAGAUUUGUGCGCGUUGGGCUGUUGCUCAAGGUUUUGGAGGGAACUUUGUGGCUCAGAUUGUAUCUGGGAGUCUUUAACUAGAGAAAGAUGGCCUUCUCUGUCAUCUUCUUCCACUCCUCCCAAUGCUCCCAAUCUCAAGGAAUGGAGGAAACUGUACAUCGUGAAGCACAAUGAGGUGGCAGUUAGAGCAGCAGCUGCUGCCAAGUUUGUGGAAGAGAGCUCACCCUCUAAAUCACUAGAGGUUGGGGACUAUCUGAAAGCAAUUAACUGCUUGGAUGAUAUGAAGCUUAGCUUCAAAGAUGUCCAGAUGUGCCUUUUCAGAACUAAACUGAACGUGUUGAUUAACUUGGUUGGCCUACACUAUUGCCUCACUUGGCUUAGAAUUCCGGGUGAUAAACUCAAAGAAGCCCUUCAGGCGAGUGAGAUUGCUGAGCGGCAUGUGUGCAUCAAGUGGUGGAAGCUUGGCAGAUGGUUCUAUGGCUUCCGGAUGAGGGAUGAAUCCCAUUCCCAAUGGGUUUCGUUAGCUGAUUUGGUGAUUGAUGAUGGACGCCUUCUGGCAUUGCUUCGCCGAGGUGCAAUUCACGAGGUUUUACGUGUUCAGAUAUCCGGGGAAGAUCACCACACAACUCCUUGGUCCACCCAGAUCACCCACGGACACGACUAGGGAUGCUUAUUUCCAUAAUCCUUGUGAUGCUAAUAGAUGUAUAGUGUUUAUCACAACAGAGCAAUAUGUUUGUUCUGUCAUAUAUUUAUGCUUAGGAUCAGACUUCUAAUGCAUGUAUACUAUAAGUAUCACCAUAGUAUCAAUCUAUCUAGUUGCAGAAUUGUUGGUUGUUGUUCUGCUUGGACACUAUUUGUAAGAUCAGGGACACUGAACUCGCAAGCAAUAAAAUUAUCCAUGUAAAUAUGUUCAGAUUCGGAAAGAA